AAAAACCAAACGAUAUAACGAAAAUCCAAACAAAAAACAACCACGGAUAGAGAGAUGACGCAUGACGAAAAAAAUUCCGGAAACUGCCGUGGAAAUGACAAGAAAAAUGCUAACAAAAGGAGAAAAUAAAAAAGUGGAGCAUGAAACGGAGGAGAGAGAAAUCGAGCUUCGCAAGCUUCAGGAAAUUGCUCAACUCAGCAGUAUUUACUACCGUGAUUUGCAAAAUUUUGAGAGAAAUCCACGCCUUUCGCACCUCGUUCACGUGGUUAUGAACGUCGUUCAAUUCAUCUGUAUCCUCCACAUUGAAAUAUUUCAUCAUGUUCAUGGCGCGAUCAACGAGAGAAUGAAGGAGGCAGAUCCGAAUAGACCGGAUCUUCCGGAAGGGAGAAAUCCCGUUUUUUUCGUCUACCCAAUCAGCAUGACGAUCAGUCUGACUCUGGCCAUUUUUUGGUUAGUGCGUCGUACUUUUUGGCUGUUGAUCCAAAUGACGCUUGCUGGCUGUGCCGCCGGAAUUAUUAUGAUGCUUUUAGCUGGGAUCGUUGAAAUGAGACACGCAGAAAUAUACAUAAAUCUUGAAAAGAUAACGGAUUCUGAGCUAAAGAACCAUCCGGUAUUCCUGCACAAUUUUUCCAUGUGCAUCAUCUCGAUUAUCGCCAUGCUUUUUUAUCUUGUACACUUUUGGAUAACUUUUGAUUGUUGGCGAUGGCAUAAAAAAGAGAGGAGGAGCCGGCAAGGUGGAGUCGAGGGAGACGAUACUUGUAACGAUUACACGGCGGCGGUGGCGGCGAGGGAAGGAAAACCCGAAACUUCUAACGACGACUUUAACGAUAUUCCGCCGUGGGAUUUGCAGAAAAAAAAAUGGUCGGAUGCCGAUGAAACGAAUUUCGAAACUGAGCCAGCAAUUCUUUAUUGCUUCAUCGUGGAUUGUUGCCGAUACAUCAGAGAUCGAGAUUCGCGUAAACCGAUUCAUGAAUUCCAAGUCGUUCACGUCAAAUGAGAUUUACACACGUUACGUAAAAAAAAAUUACAAUGGCAA